AGCAGCUUUGUGUGUUUCUUUCAGGAAAUACAAAAGCGAGGCAAUAUCCUUUGUUGCAUCAAAGAUGGUCAUGAAGAUGAAGAAGAUUGCGCUCGGCGCCACCGUCAUCUCCUCGGGGGGGGGGUCGUCUGCGGAGCGAAGGUGAAGGAAGAUAAGUCUUUGUCGACGCAUUCCUGGGAGGGAAAUGAACUGAGCGGCAGCUUUUUGCAAAGGGAUGCAGGGAAGGUUGGGUUACGGUGUAAGCCUCCUGAGGCAAAAUGCUCGGAGGAACUUAACGCCCGCGCGAGCAAGGAGAUGAUAUCAACUCCCGACUUGUAUGAUUGUGCAAAGUGGGCGUCGGAUUGCCAGCUACGCGCGUGUACAUUUUCUGCCCGUGCCUUCGGGUCGACGUGCGAACAAGACGUUCCAUGGAACGAAGAAAAGAGAAACCAGGGUGGUAUCUCAUUGGAAAACGCCGGACUACUAGGUCUCCCGUCUUUGGACUGCUGUAAUUACGCUUCACUCGUAGUAGGGGUGUAAGUAAGAAAAACAGUGUUUAUGUUCAUGCCUAUUCUUUCUAAACGUAAACAUAGUCGUGAGCGUUCCUGCGAGGUGGGGGAGGCCACGACCCAGAUGAUAUCUUUAUAUUUGCCUCAAAAGAGGUGUCUUUGCGGGUGAAGCAGACGUAUGAGUCCUACCGUUGCGAAGAUCCGUGCCCGAGAACGGGAGGCGGGUGUUGAUCUAGAGCACCAGAGAAUUAACCAAAAGGAGCCUAUAAGUGUUUGUACUACUUCGCUAACCUCUGAGAAAAAGCAGAUAGCCCAAUCUAUUCAAUCUAUUUCUGUACCCGACAAAACCCCACUGUUGUUCAUGAGCAAGGAAGUUACGAUCUAAAAGCUCUACCCACUAAAGAUUAGCUAGCAUCUUUAUAUUUUGUUUUAGUUUGCUUCAAAUGCAAAAUUGAUGUAUUUCUAUCGCUGUACCCGACCAACACCCCGAGAAAGAAAAAAUCUCAACUGCGGC